CCUAACAGAGAGAUAGGCGGAGAAGAGAAGAAGACGGUGAGAAGCCAUGGUGUCGCUGAAGCCCCAGAUGCGGCUCGCCGCAUCCGUAAUGAAAUGCGGGAAGGGAAAAGUGUGGCUUGAUCCCAAUGAAUCUACCGAUGGCCAAUUCCAAGGAUCAUCAUCUUUAACAGGGCAGAACAUUAGGAAGCUUGUGAAGGAUGGUUUCAUUAUCAGGAAACCCUCCAAGAUCCACUCACGUGCUCGUGCAAGGAGAUUGAACGAUGCCAAGAAAAAGGGUCGUCACUCUGGAUAUGGUAAGAGAAAGGGUACAAGAGAGGCAAGGCUACCAACCAAGAUUCUCUGGAUGACGAGGAUGAGGGUAAUGAGGCGUUACCUAACUAAGUGCCGUGAGACGAACAAGAUCGACAAGCACAUGUACCACGACAUGUACAUGAAAGUGAAGGGUAACGUGUUCAAGAACAAGCGUGUGCUUAUGGAGAGCAUACACAAGUCCAAGGCUGAGAAGGCGAGAGAGAAGACACUCUCUGACCAGUUUGAGGCUAAGCGUGCUAAGAACAAAGCUAGCAGGGAGAGAAAGUUUGCCAGAAGGGAGGAACGUUUAGCUCACGGACCUGGAGGUGCAGAGACAGCUAUUGUAUCUUGUGUUUACUUUCUUCCUCUAGUAUAAGAUUUCUUUCUUAUUUUGUUGGCUUUUUUUUUGUUUUCUUUGAAAAUGAUUUUGUAGCAGAUUCUUUUCUGAAGAAAUAUUUCUCAUGUUUUGGUACCUCACUUUGCUAUUUAUGAAAUUCAUCAGUUUUUUUCCCCUCUUCA